UAGCAGUAGUCUGUGGUUUUCUUUGAAGUUGUGAUUUCAUGAAUUGUGAGGUGUGAAAAGAAGAGAGUUAAAUAAUUUUAAAUGAAGUCAUAAUUAUUGCACUGACUAUGUCCACAGUUUAUUGUAACAUUCAUUAUUACCAAUAGAAAAAAAAUUAAGUUGCUUCUCAUUUAUUAAAUAAUUUGGUAUAGAUUAUUGAAGGUAAACUAUCUAUGCCAACGAUUUUGUCCGCAAUUAUACUUUGCAUUUAUAAUAUAAAAGGUACCAAUAUAUCCUGCCCCUAUCAAUAAUGGCGAAUGUAGAAUCUGACCAAUUUGGUAAGGACUCUAUAGAGUAUUGGAAAAAACAAGCAAAAUAUUACGAACAGAAGGCCAUGGAUAUUCAAAAAGAAUUAGAUGAGUACACGGAAAAUUCUGAGCAAUUGGAGAAAGAAUUAGAAGCUUCAUUAAUACAAGUGGAAAAGCAGAACAAUGAUUUAUCAAAACACAACCAAAGGCUUCUUAAUGAAAUUGAUGUCCUAAAGACUAAACUAGAAAGAAGCCAGCAUGAGACAAAUGCAUUAGAAAAUGAAUUGCAAGCCUUGAAGAAGGAAAAAGAAAAGCAGGCUUCUUACAUAAGGGAACUUGAACAAAAAAAUGAUGAUUUAGAACGAGGACAAAGGGUUAUAUCAGAAUCUGUAUCAUAUAUUGAGCAACUAUUUAACCAAGCAUGUGAGCGCAAUGCUGUUCUAGAAAGUGAAGUGGAUGAGAUUGAAACUCUUCGAGAGAACUUACAACGAGCUAACGAUGAAGCAAGAGAUCUCAAACAAGAACUGAUAGUUAAAGAAAAAAUACCUGUUUUGAAAAAAGAAGAAGGUGGUGCAACUGAAAACAUAUGCAAUGGUCAUUCAAACAGUAGGAGUCAAGUUGAAAUUGAAACACAAACAACAAUGGAAUUACCCCUCAGAGGGGAGAUAAACGGAAACGGAUUGACCCUGUCUGCUCGAGUUACAGCUAUCAAUAUAGUUGGUGAUCUCCUCCGGAAGGUUGGGCUUGAAAGAUUUCUCUGCCGCCAUUGUGGUAAAGUGAAGUGCACGUGUCACGUCGAUGGCGCGCCAGUUGCUUCCCCUCAUGUCAUGAAAGAAAAGGAAAUACAAAUAGGACUCGACAUAGAAACAGAAGCCACGGACGCUUCUGUUGAAUACAGGAAGACAACAGAAGUGAACCAACCCAGACCCGAUAGGAACACGACCGGCUCUGAUGCAAGCCGGAGGUGCUCCGACCGUUCGUUUCAGAGAUCUCACCAGAACGAUGGAAAGUUGCGACGGUCGUUCAUAGUGCGGUCUAGAGAGGGACUGGAAUCUUUUCUUAAUUUUAGAAAAGUUCAAGAUAAUACAAAAGGAAACAAAAUAUAAAACACCUAGAAUAGCUUAUAUGUAGUUCUGUAUUAUUUGUACAUCACACUUGGUGCCAUAACGUAAGAAGAGUAGUUAACAAGCAGUAGAGUAAGAUAGAUAAGUAAUGUAACAAAUGAAAUUGUUUUGUCUUGGUAGGUAUUCUAUACCUGCACAUUGUUGAAUCGGUAUACUGUUUAUUCGAAUAUUCAACGGUUUCGCCUCUGGCUGGUAUGUUUUGUAUACAACUAUCCUGGUGACAGGUAAUAGCUCGGCGACACCUGGUCGUGUCAGCUCUGUCACGUUGACACUGUCAUCGUCAGAUUUCUACUAAUGUCACACACAACAUCAACUUCGUUGAACAUUCUGUAGUAGACAAAAAGCUGGCAACACUUUUGUGAUUCCUCUGGGAUUCUGGGAGUGGGUAGGCGGCACCUUCUUUUGCCCUCCUCUUAAAAAAAAAUAGAACAAACCGUUACUCGUAUGCUUGUUCUUAAACGAAGUCCUGUGCGUGCGUUAUAUUCUAUUAAUAUAACAUAUUGUAUUAAAUUUAUGAAAUUGUGUUCCGACUCUGUUAUAUCAGUGUUGAUAAAUUAGAUGGCGAAACCCUUGCAGGGGAAAACAUACUGGUACCUGAGCCUUUUGACAGAUCCAAUCCGAAAAUUGUAGAUUAUGUGACCUAAGCGAUAUUUUGAAUGAACUUGUCUAGAAAAAAAUUUACCGUGUGCAGUGAUGUUAAAUAGUAGAUAUUGUAUUUUGUCUUCCAUUUUCUGUUCUAAGUUAUUACUAUUGUUAUAUAUAUCUUUAUAUUAUUACAAUGAGGUGGAGGCUUCUAUCGUGCUUAACAUGUUCACAUAACUUACUAAUAUAAACAUCAUUCAUUCUGUAAUUUUCUUCA